AUGGCCUCACUUCCGAAGACGUACAAGACGGCCGUGAUCAAGUCGGUGCGCGCACCGCUUGAGAUUGUUGACCAGGAGCUGAAGAAGCCCGGACCAGGCCAGGUCCUGGUCAAGGUACUGGCCUGCGGCGUCUGCCAUUCUGACGUGGUUGUCCAGGAGGGAGGCUUUGGUGACGGCUUAUUUCCUCGUGUCCCCGGCCAUGAGAUAAUCGGCGAUGUGGUGGCAGUUGGGGAUGGCGUAACAAGAUUCCAAGGCGGAGAGAGGGUCGGAGGUGCCUGGCACGGAGGCCAUGAUGGAACAUGCCCGCAAUGCCAAAAGGGUUUCUUCCAGACAUGCCAAAACACGGCGGUCAACGGCGUCUCGAUGGAUGGCGGAUACGCCGAGUACGUGCUUCUCCGGGCGGAAGCGGUUGUUCGCGUGCCGAAGAACAUGGACCCGGCGGACUCGGCGCCGCUGCUCUGCGCUGGUGUGACGGUGUUCAACAGCAUCCGCAAACAGGGCAUCGAGCACGGCAGCCUUGUGGUGAUCCAGGGUCUCGGCGGGCUGGGCCACCUCGGGGUGCAGUACGCCAAUAAGAUGGGGUACAAGGUGGCAGUUCUCAGCUCGGGUUCGUCCAAGAAGGAGUUUGCGACGAAGCUGGGUGCGCACGAGUACAUUGACACCAGCGCGGAGGACCCAGUCAAGAGGCUGCAGGAGCUCGGGGGUGCUGCGUUGAUCGUGGCGACGGCGCCUCACGCCAAGGCCAUCUCGCCCCUCACUGGCGGACUCAUGCCCGGGGGCAAGCUGCUGGUGCUGGCGCCGGUCGGGAAGCUGGAGGUGGACUCGGUGGACCUGAUUAUCGGCGGCAAGUCGGUGGGCGGGUGGCCGAGCGGACAUCAGAUUGACACGGAGGCGGCGCUCGACUUUGCGGCGACACACGGGGUCAAGUGCAUGGUCGAGAAGUUUCCUCUGGCGGAGGCGCGGAAGGCGUCGGAGCACAUGAUUUCCAACACGGUGCGUUUCCGGAGUGUGCUGGUGAUGGAGUAG